GCGCGGUUUCCCUCCUCAUUGCGGCGCUGGUGUUUAGGUAAACUAAACCCGCUCCGAGCCGGCAAACAUUUUGAACUCCGCGGCUGUAGUCCUGUGGAAGACUGGUCGACACACAGACCGAGCGCUCCAUACAGCGUUGGAUCGUUAAAGGACUUAUGAGGUCCGGUUAGCAGGACACCAUGUUCAACAGCUCCUUUGGUACUCCGUUUGGUGGCGGGGCGGGAGGGUUUGGGGCAUCUUCUACCUUUGGUCAGCAAAACACAGGUUUUGGGACAACAGGAGCUUUUGGGACAUCUGCAUUUGGGGCAACCACCAACACAGGAGGACUGUUUGGCUCCACCCAGAACAAACCUGGCGGCCUGUUUGGAUCCAGCACCUUCAGCCAGCCACCUACUUCCUCCACGAGUACUGGCUUUGGCUUCGGAGCAAACAGCGGCACCUCCACCAACUUGUUUGGAAGCACUCCAACAGGCACCAGUAGUGGACUCUUCUCCCAACCGAACAAUGCAUUCGGUGCCAACAAACCUGCCACCUUUGGUAGCUUUGGAACAAACACCAGCACCGGUGGGCUGUUUGGGUCAACCAAUGCCGCCCCCAAUCCCUUUGGGGGCUCUAGCUCCAUGUUCGGAGGCUCUGGGUUCUCUGCUGCACAGCAGCCAGGAACCACGGUCAAGUUCAAUCCUCCAUCAGGGACUGACACUAUGGUGAAAGCAGGUGUGACCACAAGCAUCAACACCAAACACCAGUGCAUCACGGCCAUGAAGGAGUACGAGAACAAGUCCCUGGAGGAAUUAAGGCUGGAGGAUUACCAGGCGGGGAGGAAGGGCCCGACCAACCCGAUCGCGGCAGGGACGGGUGGUCUGUUUGGUGCAGCCACCCCCACGUCUAAUGCCACAACGGGUCUCUUUGGGCCAUCCACCUCCAACAACAGCUUUGCCUUUGGACCGAAUAAAACUCCGUUUGUAUCCACGGCGGGUGGGUUCGGGACAACCACUGGGGGUCUGUUCAGCCAGCCCAACCAGCAGACCACCGGCAGCCUCUUCAAACCCUUCGGUGGGUCGACCACGACUCAAAGCUCCACCUUCUCUUUUGGCAACACCAACACCAUGGGUCAGCCUAACACCAGCAGCAUGGGCAUGUUCGGAAACACUGCGGCUUCCCAGCCGGGGGGUUUGUUUGGCUUGACGCAGACCAGCACAGCCACAGGAUUUGGUACGGGCACUGGAUUGUUCGGACAACCCAGCUCAGGAUUUGGAACUGCUGGAACGCAGCCAAGUUUGUUUGGCAACAAAGCCACUGGGUUUGGUGCCACCACCACCAGCGCCCCAUCUUUUGGCACCACUACUGGAAUGUUUGGGGCCAAACCUUUGACUCUGGGAACCGGAACCAACCCCACUAGUUUCGGUUUUGGAGCGUCCCCUGCAGGGGGGGGUCUGUUUGGCAACAAAGCAACCACUGGAGCCCUGGGGACUGGACUGGGAACCAGCUUUGGGACAGUGGGAGCAGGAACCAGUCUAUUUGGAAACACCCAAAACAAACUGGGCACCUCGCUGGGAACAAUGGGAGCCUUCGGAACAACGGGUUUCAACACCGGGACGAGCUCGCUGGGCUUCGGACCGCAGCAGCAGCCUGUCGCGCUUACCGAUCCAAACGCCAACGCCGCUCAGCAGGCCAUGCUCCAGCAGCAGCUGAACAUCCUGGCAUACUCGCCGUACGGAGACUCGCCAUUGUUCAGGAACCCGCUGUCGGACCCCAAGAAAAAGGAGGAGCGUCUGAAACCCACAAAUCCCACGGCUCAGAAAGCUCUGACCACGCCCACUCACUACAAGCUGACCCCCAGACCCGCCACCAGAGUUCGACCCAAAGCGCUCACAUCUGCUGGAGCUUCAAAGUCGCAGCUGUUCGACGGUCUGGAUGACGACGAGCCUUCACUCACCAACGGAGCCUUUGUUCCCAGGAAGAGCAUCAAGAAACUGGUCCUGAAGAACCUGAACAGCAGUCAGUACAGCAGUCCUCUGAACAAAGACGGCGAUGACCUGGCCUCACCUUCAGAGUAUCCUCAAAAUGGACUCAGACAUGUGGAGGAGGAGCUUCAGGAGAUUCCAGGUCCAUGCGGUCAGUCCAACAUUGACCCAGAGGUCACUCAGUUCUACGUUAACCCCAUCGCCAAGCCCAUUCCUCAUGGCCGAGCCCAGGCCAACCUGCAGGACACCAUCAGUGAGCUCAACAUGCACAAAGUGCCCAGGACUGGGCUGGAGCUGAGCAACGAGGACAUGUCUGCGUCCCUGGGGGAGGAGUUUCUGCAGGAGGAUCAGGAGGAGGAGGAGCAGCAAGAGGAGCAGCGAUCUCCUCACCCUGCAGGUAUCGUCCUGAACCGGGUCGGGUAUUACACCAUCCCCCCUCUGGAGGAUCUGGCUGACAUGGUGGAUGAAAAUGGAGAGUGCAUCGUGGAGAACUUCACUGUUGGAAGGAAAGGUUACGGCUCCAUCUUCUUCCCUGGGGAGGUCAAUUUGACGAACCUGAACCUUGACGAGGUUGUUCACUUCAGACGCAAAGAGGUCAUCGUGUAUCCUGAUGACAAAAACAAGCCACCAGAGGGGGAGGGGCUUAACAGACGGGCCGAGGUGACUCUGGACGGCGUCUGGCCCAACGACAAAACCAGCUGCACUCAGAUCAGGAGCCCCGAGCGCCUGGCGGACAUGAACUACGAGGGCCGGCUGGAGAAGGCGUCCCGCAAACAGGGCGCUCGCUUCCUAGAGUACAGACCAGAGAGUGGGUCUUGGGUAUUUGAGGUGAACCAUUUCUCCAAGUACGGCCUUCAAGACUCCGAUGAAGACGACGACGUCCCGCCUAAGGCAGACCCCAAGAAACUCAAGAUGAUGUCACUUCCUGCCUCCAAGCUGCAGCCGCUGCUCCCCCCGUCCCAGCAGCAGGUGGCGCCACAGGCUCAGUCUGUUGACCUCAUGAGUGGCGUGGCGGAGUUUGACAGCGACAUGGCUGACAUCACCCAGAGCAACCUGCCAGAGAGCAUGCUGGGAGGUGAGGAGGAGGGCGCUCUGCUGCAGGGGGACAUGAAUGGAACCAGCCCAAAGCUCGGCGGUUUGGUCUCUGAGGAGCACGACAGCAUCUCCGCAUCCACACACCUGGCCUCCUCCAUGGGGAUCAACCCGCACACCCUGCAGAUCAUGAAGGCAUCUCUGUUUGCUGAGGAUGAAGAUGAGGGAGACCUUUUCCAGCAUCAGGGUGGGAUGAAGGUUUCCGCUGACAUCUCAUCUCCACGCCUCGCCAUGCCAGCAUCUCUGAGUCGACCCUCUGUUGGUGGACUCUUCCAGACUCGCUUCUCUACUGGUCAGCUCUCUGAGUCGCUCCGCCCUCCCCCUCGAGCGUCUCCAGUGGGACCGGAACCCCCCCGCUCAGUGCAGUGGAAAGGCCUGGGCCCCUCCUCUUUUAUGCUCCCCCCUCGAACGACAGAGCCCCCAAUCAGGACGGUCGGAGUGCGCCGCUUGGACGGACCUGUCCCUCUGAAAGAGUCCGUCACUCAGGGGAAGGGAGGCCUGCUGAUGGACGCGGGGCUAUUUGCUGGCCGCUCCUUCAGGGUGGGCUGGGGUCCCGGCUGGACGCUGGCCCACUGCGGCAGCAGACUCAGCUCUCCGACAUCUGAACCAGGGGCAAGCAGAGACCUGUGCCUGGCCGACUUCAGCUUCCUGCCAAAGGCUGCCCGGACCAAACCUUUGACAGAAAGUCCGUACAAGGUGGUUCUUGAGCAGCUGGUGGGUCUAGAUCCUCUUCAGGGUAAGACCAGUGAGGACGACGAGGACCAGACCGUGCUGCAACGCCCCCUGGAAAUCAGCCUGAAGUACAGCACUGUCAGUGUUCCAGACGGGUCCGACUGUCCUCUAGUGAAGCCACGGCCCGGUGUGGACGCGCUGCACGCUUACGCCGAGUGGAUCACAGAGCUGGUGGAGAAAGAAGGCGGCGCAGAGCCCCUCCUGGGUCACUGGGCUGAGGUCUGGACUCUGUGUGAGGCCCUGUGGGGCCGCCUGGGCCCUGCAGACGUGGAAGCUGAUGCUGAGAUGCCCAGCCAGUAUGAGCAGCAACUUGCCAGGAGGAGGAGCUUCUCCGCCUGGCUGUCGUCCGGCGCCACCCACAGGGUGGAGGAGGAGGUGUCUGUGGCAGGAAAGGGUUGCCACGCAGACGCCAUCUUCAGUUACCUGACAGGAAACCGAAUCAGCGAGGCAUGUCGACUCGCCCAGAAAGAAGGAGACCACCGUCUGUCCCUGCUGCUUUCUCAGGCCGCCGGCUCUCAGAUGUGCCGCGACCUGCUGGGACUGCAGCUCGCCGACUGGAGCCGCACUCAUACGGACUGCUACCUGACGGAGGAACGGCUUCGCAUCUACGCUCUGCUCGCCGGAAAACCGGUGUGGCAGUCCUCGGACUCUGUGGUGAACGUGUGCUCACAGCUCGACUGGAAGCGCUGCGUGGCUCUCCACCUCUGGUACAUGCUGCCCCCCACGGCGUCCGUGGCCGACGCCCUCGCCAAGUACGAAGCUGCCUUCCAGGGUUCAGCCGAGGGGGGGAAGUACUCCUGCGCCCCCCUCCCCCCCUACUUGGAGGCAAAACAUUUUGAUGAGGAGGAGGAGGAGGAGGAGGAAGAGUCUAAUCGUCCAUUGUACGAUCUGUGCUUCCACCUGCUGAAGCUCUACAGCGACAGACACUACGGCCUGCAGCAGCUGCUGGAGCCUCUGACCGUUACCUGGCAGCGCCUGGAUUUCCGGCUCAGCUGGCACCUGUGGGGCGUCCUGCAGGCGCUGAACUUCAGUCACCUGAGCGCCGCGCGGCAGGGACUCCUCCACGCCAGCUACGCCGCACAGCUGGAGAGCGCCGGCCUCUGGCACAUGGCCGUCUACAUCCUGCUGCACAUCCCCGACCACGCUGAGCGCGAGCGCGCCGUCAGGCACGUGCUGAGCCAGCACUGCCCCCUGGAGGAGUCGGACCAGUCCCUGCAGAGGGAACGCUUCCUGACCGAGCAGCUGCUGGUCCCAGAGCCGUGGAUCCACCUGGCAAAGGCCACCCGAGCCCAUCGGCACUGCGACAGACACCAGCAGGCCCUGCACCUGUACCGGGCCGGCUCCUGGAACCAGUGCCACCGACUGCUGAUCCAACACCUGGCCUCAGACUGCAUCAUCAACGACAAGCACGACUACCUGCUGGAGUUCCUGGAGGGCCUGGCGGUCCCUGAACACUGCGCCACCAUCCUGGACUGGGACACGGCUGGGGGGGUUUACCUGGACUACAUCAGAGUCAUCAAGACUCUGCAGGACAUCCAGCAGGUGGAGAACACCGCUUAUGAGUUGGAACGUCUUUACACCGACGUCACCUCGCUCUGCGGACGAAUCGAGCUGCUUCCCUGCAGCAGCGCCAAGGACCGCCUCGCCCAAUCAGAGAUGGCGAAGCGUGUGGCCAACAUCCUCCGCGCCGUGCUGAGCCUGCAGCAGGGGGACGCCGGGGCCCAGCUCCCUGGCAUCCCGCUCGCCCAGCUGGCGCCGCACAUCGGGCGUCUGCCGAUGCCGGAGGACUACACGCUGGAGGAGCUGCGGGGCCUCACACAGUCGUACCUGCAGCAGCUGAUCGUCGGCCAAUGAGGGCGCAGGAAAACAGCAGCACUGCGGCUGCUUCUCGGUGCUCCGCCUUCACCAGCAUCAUGACCAAAAAGAAUAGAUGAGACGUUUCAAACCCCUGCAGGGUUGAUAGGUGUUCGGAUCAGAACCUACAGGGUCAACAGAAGUCUUUGCUCUGCUGGAGUUUUUCCAGAACAAUAAACAUUCUGCAGGGUUCACUCAGAGCCGCCGGCAGACGGGAAGUUCUGAGUCCCUCCGGAGUCUGGAAAACAAGCAGAGGCCUAUUUUUGUACGUCUCCUGUUUUCUGAAAGAAAAUCAUUUUUACAGAAAUGUUUUUUUCAUCAAAUCAAGAUGUUGGUUUGCUCCCAGAUUUCUGUUUUAUCUGACCUCCAUGAGGGGGCGCAGCGGCUGCACUUGGCAUCGCUCCUCCUUCCAGACUCCAGGCUGUGUGUUUGUGUGCAUGUGUGUGUUACUGUGCGGUUUCUGAUGAUUUGUUCAUAUUUUUAAUAAAGUUGAGUAGAAAUAAA